AUGGCACAGGAGAUCGAGCUUUCUAUAUCAGAAACAAAUAAGCUCCGUGCACAACUUGGAUUGCCCUUGAUUCCAGAACCCGACGGGAUAGGCGGCUCACAGAAAGCUGAAGACUAUUCUUUUUCCAAUGAUAGUGCCAACCUACUCCGAAAGUCAUUGGGACUUCGACCAAAAGAGUCGCCUGACAACGACAUGUUGGAAACGAAAGAGAAGUCACGGAAGCAAGUCGAUGAUAAGAAGUCUCUAAAGGAAGAAAAAUUGUUCUAUAAAGACAUUGAGUCAACAGAGUCAUGGUUAGAGAACAUUGGAAAGAAGAGACAAGUGGAGAGGACAGAGACCAAGACGAGCCAACCAGAGAAGUUAGAACAGAAGGCAGAAGACGUCAACCCUGAAUUUACUCUCGCACAUGCUAAUAUGAUUUUGGAGCUUGGGGACGGAGAUAUUCUCACACUUGAAGAUGGAAGUGUGGUGGAUGAAGUUGAAGAGGACAUUUUGGUGAAUGAGAACAUGAAGAAGCUUGCGAAAGAAAAGAAGGAUAAUCUUGAAAGAAAGAAAAUGGGGCAACUAGAGUGUGGCCUGCGGGAAAGUUUUCAUGAAGAAGAUAAUCAACAGAAUCCUGAAUUCAAACUCCCGUUCGUACAGGGAAAGAUUGCCAUGUCGGGCGUACCCAGAGAAGGAAAGGCGGCUUCGAGCAGUGGUCUGAACGAUGACUGGGACCCCAAAGUCCGGAACCCCGAGGAAUUGUACGAAGAUGACUUGGAAAUCCUUAACAUUCGAGAUCAAGAUCAACGUGAUCGGCGCAAGCGGCCGGCCGUCAUGAAGAAACUCAAGAAAGUUAAGAAGCCAGCAAAGAAGAGACGGCGUGCCGAUGAUUUGGUGGAAGUGUCAGAGCCAAUGUUCACUGCUGCUUUGGAUGUCGAGGAAGACAACGAUGACGAACUUGAAUUAGUUCUUGCAACCUCGAGAAAGAAUAAGCAGAAGCAACGCAAGAUGUUGACAGCAGAGGAAAUAGCCAACGAGAUCAAGCUGCACCUGAGAGCGGAUGCGGUAGCUGAGAUUGGUGAAGGUUUUGUUUAUGACGACACUAAGGAGUUUCUUGAUUCGUUGAUGCAGAAGAAAGAAGAAGCUACAGAAGAUACAAAGCAGCAGCGGCGUGAUGAAGAAAUAGACAAACUGGAUAGCAACAAAGAUUCAGAACGCCCAGGAGAAUCUAUCAGCAAUGACUCUCAGAAAGAAGAAUCAAAAGAAAAGUCUGAAGAGAAGCUAGAAGCCGACGGGGAGUCUGAAACCAAAGAAAACAGUGAAGAGCCUGAAGAACUGUCUGAUCCUGCAAAUGUUGACUCCACCGUACCCAAAUUCAACACUCUUCUGGAUACUCUCAGGUAUCUCCGUCAAAACAACCCUACAGAGGAAAACAAAUCAGAUAGAACCAACAGACAAGCACAGAGAGAAGCAGAAUUAGUGCGCAUCAAGAUCUCCAUCGAAGAAAGAAUCGUGCGAGAAGAACUACUGAAGGAUCAUAGCUAUAUUGGUGCACCAAAUGAAGAGAAAGAACAAAUUGUUGACCGUGUGCUCAAUGAUCGACUUGUUGCGAAAGGCGUCAUUCCAGAAAUGGCCCGUGGGAAGUACUCCCGCUACACGGCUCAGAAAGAUCCUCUUUCUUCGUACAAUCCACAAGUUAAACUCCGGUACACUGACAGUUCAGGCCAACAACUUGACACCAAGCAGGCAUGGAAGGAACUACUGCAUAAGUACCAUGGGCUGGAGCCAAAGCAUAAGAAGCAAAAAAGCAAACCUCAGAAAACUAACGAGAAGGUUAUCGGAUGA